AUGGCGUGAUGCGGUUCGAUGAAUGUGUCCUAGAACGUUUUAGCGUCGUAUUUUUUGCCUUGCGUUAGAUGUUUUCGCCACUAGCUCGAGGGAAAGCUAGUUGGGAUGGCGAUCUACAAUGCGAAACGUACUCGGAUCAAGCGUCCCCUGUAGAGCCACUACUACCUCAGUUGAUAAAUCAUACAUCGUCUCGUAACAAAUCAGCAAGAUCAAGUGGCAGCUUCUUGUUGGAAGAUGGACAACUUGCUCUCCCAAAGACAUUUGUCACUCGUAAAGGUGCAAUUCUACUUUUCACUCCAAGUGAUGAGGUUUGUAACCAUGGUUAUGAAGAGAGCCACUUUAAGAAGGAAAAUGUUUAUGAGGCAGGCCUUAGACUGAGAACAAUGGGAAAUCUUACUAACUCUGUGCUUGAGUUUGGGAAAGAGGAAGAGGAAGCCUGGGAAGGAGUAUCAGACUAUGCAAAGGAAGCAUCGGGAAAAGGAGAACAACCAAAGAGAGAUAAGGCAUCUUUCCUGAGAUUUCUUCACUACCUUGACUCAGAAAACUUGACAGCUGAUAAAAAUGUUCAGCCAGGAGCUGAUCCAGAUUAUUACCUUGAAGAACUUAAAAAAACAAGUGGCCAUAAUUCUCACAGAAGAUUUCGAUCACAAACUCCAUUUUCCACAAGGACUUCGUACUCUACCAACGCUACAUCUCACUACUCUCAAUUUCUGGAUGAUGAUGAUGAGAUAACUGGUAUAAUACAAGACUACAUCAAAUACGGCAAAUCAGCUGGGUGGAGUCACAACAAGGAACACUUAGAACACAGAAUUAUUUCCUCCGAUCACAUGCCAGACAUUGGGGUGGAGGGUUGUGAAACUUUGGAAGACAUCGCCAACUUUUCAUCGCCCAAAUCACCAAGAACAAAUCGAGGCAGCGCCAUUACAUUUUCGCCAUCCAUGCCGAGUAUGGCUUUUGGCUCUACUUCCCACGAAGCUCAAGACUCGAUAUCAAGACCCAAAACAGCUCCCAUCCCACCCGCCCUGGAGUCACCGAGGGCCAACCCCAGGAUUACAAGUGGUAAACCACCCCCUCUUCUGAGAGCUCUCGGCUCGACGCCAAACCAUCUUGACGAGAUCUUAAAUGCUGACGUAGGCUUUGGUCGAUAUCAUCGACAAGGUCCUAGUCCCAGAUUGAGACUCAGUCGCAGUCCCUCGCCGCCUUUCCAGCUGGGUUCAUCCAGAGGAACGACGCCAGACUUUGCGGCCAAGGCACAACGCUUAGCCGCGAGUCCUGAUGGAAAGAUUGAGGAAUGGAACCGAACAGCAAAUGUAAUCGAGGAAGAAGACGAACCCGCGUUGCCAGUCGAUCAAACGGAAACUGGGAAGCAUUCUCGUCGACCAUCGAGUGCUGGAUCUCCUCGGAGUGGAAGAGAGGAGAAGGUCGGCAUACAGGGGAGAGCAUCUAGUGCUGGAACAACAAACGGAAUAACCCGCUCCAGUCUCCACUCUAGUCGUAGUGCAAGCUACUCCAGCGUAUCGCAUUACAAUAGGGGUCAAUCUGCAAUGUCACGUGACGUGGAAUGUAUUGGUAGCUCUCCAGAUUUGGCUGAAAUGGACCGAGAUGAUGCUUCACCGACGUGGCUUGGAAUGAGAGAUGAUUUGUUCAUCGAACGAGACGACAUGGCUGAUCAUGGCGACGGACAUCCAAUGGGGCGAGUUUCUAGAGAAACUGCGUGUUCCGAAGUGUCAUCACCAGCCCGUGACAAUCUUGUGAAAAGCCCUUCUCCACCCCUAAGAGGUCCAUCGGUUGCUUCUCGCUUGGCUUCGCCAUCACCCCGUUCGCCCUCAGUGCAAUCUCGACGUGAAACAAUGGUUAGAUCUCGAGGAUCAUCGGCUAUUUCUUCCGACGCCAGCGAGGAAUGGCAAGAUGCUAUAAGAGCCGCUGCUGAAGAAGGUGAUAGGAAAUCGUCGUCUUCCGUGCGCGAGAGACUUGUAAGGAGUCGGCAAAGUGGUCUUACGGGAGAAGAAGACAUGCGAGAUGGAGCUUAUAUCGACACAAGGACAUCCAGCGCAAAAACUGCUCAGGAAGGCGCGGAAACAAGAGCAACUCUUGGAAGUGAGGCUGACUUGGCGCAGGUUUCAGAGACUAUUGUUCGGUCACAAUCGAUGGUCGAAGGAGUAAAUGAAGAUUUGCUUUUAGAAGAGGAAACCGCUGACGAGGAAUGGCCUAGUAUCAUUGAGCGAGGGGAAUAUAUUGGUCCCGAUGAAACAAUUGAAAGUGAUGAGAAAGCUGGCAUUACAGGCGAGCUGGCUAUUUCUACCUUUGAUGUCCCCCUUAUGGAGGAAUGUCCUUCUUCGCUACCUGUAAACGUGGAAGAAAGCUUGGACUCAGGAGCCGCUCAUCCAGAAACUCUGACGGAUGCAACAGAACUCGACGAGAAGCAGCAAGAAACACCAAUAAUAGAGGUGCACGCAGAUGGGGCUUUGACGUCAGUACUCACAUCACCGGAGCUACAUGAAAGUGAGACUUUGCCGUCCAUAAUCGAUAAUCAGGAGCUCAAAGAAACAGAAACUGUAGUGGCCCAGUCCUCGCACCUGGUGAAACAAACUACCGCUGACACAGUCAUACAUAAUGAAAGUGUCGCCGUUUUUCAAGACUCUGCACCUUCCUCGCCGGAUGUUAACUUGACAAACCAUGUUAGAGAAGGAAAAGAGUUCCUCCUGAAUGCACCAGAGAAAACAGCAUCCACACCAGCGGCAGUGCCUCGUUCCAGUUCUCCCGCGCCGAUCAAAGCUGAACAAAUACUCCACAAAGAACUCUUACCGGAAGCUAGAUUGGAACCAGCGGGAAAGGUGGACGAUGAUCGAGCUCCCUCUCCCUAUAAGGAAACCAUUGACAUAGAGAAGUCACGGCCAUCGUCCCCAGUAACAGAAGAACAGAGAAGUGUUCCCGUGAGUAUCGGAGAGGCCGUGCGAAAUUACAUUGAGUCUGGGCAAGAGCCCCAAGUUCGCGAUAGUUCUGCACGAAGCCCUCGGAGCUCAGAGACCGGGGCUGAGGAAAAAGAGAAUGAAGAGAAAGCUGUGGAAAAGUCAAGCCUCUCGAGUAUGGAAAAAGAACCGAUAAGCCGAACUAAACCUGAAGCUAUUAAACCUAAAAUAAAUAAGCAAUCUAAACCCAUCUCGUCAAACGUCAGUGAAAAGCUGUCUGGCAUAAACAAGACUGAAUCGAAACCUGAUUAUUCAGGAUUGAACUUAUUAAAUAGCGAAGAUAAGGCGAAAGAGGUGAAAGAACCAACAGACGAAGAAAGAGAGGCCCGCCGUCAGAUAGUCAGCAGUUUGUUCAACAAACAUGAUGCACCUAGAGAUGGUAAACUGGAGCUGGAGGGGAUUGGAAAAGAAGGAGAAGGAAACGAGUCCUCUUCGGGAGGACUGGUCACUAGAACAAGUCCGCCUGUAGCAGAGAAAAAGAACGAUUUGUCUGAUUUGGCGGCACUUGUUAAUAAAAAUAAGACACCAAGUAAACUUAAAGAAAAGAAAGCCGAUGCGAAGAAGAAAUCCGGAAAACAAGGGAAAUCUACGAAGAAAAAAGACAAGAACACAAUAGAUCCUGAAAACAUAGAUUUUGAAGCAUUCAACACCCCAGAUAUGUUAGAUGGAAUGGACGAUGAACUACGUCAGUUUAUCCAGGAGCAGAGUAAGGUCACGUCAGCUACUGAUAACCGGCCAAGUGGUAGCGCUUCUGCUGUUAAUGAUACAAAAACAAGGAAGGAGUCUGUGCAGACCUUAGAAAUGCCGCAAGUUGCUCGAGAAGUUCCAACUGACAAAAAAGACGCGCAUGCACCUUCCAAACCUAAAAAAUUGACAAAGAAGGAGUUGGCUAAAAUCAGAGCGGACCAAAGGAAAGAGGAACGGAAAAAGAAGGAAGAAGAGAAGAGAAUGAAAGAGGAAGAAAUGCGUUUGUUAAAAGAGCGCGAAGAAGAGGCGGCCAAAGUCAAAGCGGAGGCAGAAGAGAAGCAGAGAAAUAUCGAAGGAGAAAAGAUUAAAAGAUUGGCGGACGAGGAAGAAGCGAAACAACAGGAACAAGAGGCGCUGGAAAAGUUGAAAGAGGCAAAGAAAAAGGCUCGUGAAGAACGAGAGCUACGAAGAGCCGCAGAGGCUGAGCGAAGAAGGCUUGAAGUUCAGAGGAAACGAGAAGAGAAGAAGAAACGAGAAGAAGAGUUAAAAGAGCGAGAGAAAGAACUUGAGCAGCAAAAAAUGAAUCGCGAGAAGAGAAUGGCGGAAAUGGAAGAAGCUCGGCGACGAAAAGAAGAACUGGAGCGCUUGGAAGAAGAGCAAAGACUUGAGGAACAGAGGCUCCUUGAACUUCAGAGGGAAGAGGAAGAACGAAUGUUGGACGAGGAAAAAAUACGCGAAGCAGAAGAAGAGUUAAGGAGGCUGCAGGAAGAACGGGAGUAUCGUGAACAGAUGAGGCGAAUAGCUGAGAUACAGGAAGCCAAGUUGAGACAGGAAGAAGAGGAAAGGUUGCGCAGGGAAGAAGCAGAACGCCAGCGGGCUGAAGAGGAAAAGCGCAGGCGAGAGGAAGCUGAGCAAGAACGACUUCGAGAGGAACAGAGACGCAUCGAGAUGGCUCGCAGAUUGGAAGCUUUAGCGCGCAUGCGAUCUGCUCAGGCAGCCGCCAGAAGGAAAGCGUUGCUGUUGAAGCGAAGAGAAGACAACGUGGAACGAAUGCAGAGCUUGAAACACACUCGCUGUGGACAGGGCAUUACCAGAGCAUUUGUUUUCACGUAUUAUACGCACAUACCAAGAAAGGUUUGGGAGGUACCGAUUGGCUUUAACAAGAAAAAGAAGAGUUUUGGAUCGCCUAGAAGAAAGCCUCCGCCUAAACCGCCGUAAUUAUCUUAUGGGGCAUUGUGGUGGAUGUCACCUUUAGCGUUUAGAGGGGACGAUUUCUGAAAAAAAAUUUAUCUCCGUCGAUGAGAAAAAACUUAUUUAGGAUAUCACGAGUUAAAGAACGUCAGUUACACGACUUUUUUUACAUUUAGGAAAGCAUUAUAGAGCGCCAAAUUGCCUUUCUUCGACAGGGUAUGCGUCAACAGUAAGAUUUGUGACCCGGUUGAUAUCGAUCCUCAGCCUCGGGGUUCUUGCAGUGGUUGUGUAUGAGAGAUUAGAUAGCUGAUUAAAUCGGAGAACAUUCUUGAAAGAAUGUUGAUAGAAUGAACAGGAAUGGUGCUGAUUAUCUCAUGAUUUAUUUAAGCUAGUUUUGUUGUAAAAUUAUUUAUAAUUAUAUAGGACCGAUUAUUUAAUAGAGAAUAUACAGGUGCAAUGGUAAUAUACUAAAACCCGACCAGACCUGAAGCAGUCCGAAAAUAGGGUUCGAAAGGUUUUUGACUGUAUGAUUUUGACUGAGCUUUGUUAAGUUUUUCAUCUGUGAAGUCAAGGAGAAACCUGCUUUCUAGAUGUUAUGGAA